AUGGUCGGGAUGGAGUGGUUCAUCGCGUGCGUGUCUGGGUCUUCCUGCUCGUGGUUGCUGUCUAACUUUAUUCAUCCCUCUGGAGCUGCGGUUGCGUUCUCCCUCCUUUCCCUCGUCAGCUCUACCCAAAAGUACCCUCAAACAGUGAAAUAACUAUCCCUCACCUCAACAAACCGCCCGCCUCACCCCCAACCUUCACAAACCCACAAACCUCGAGCCUCAGGAUCCCAAGACGAACGGGAAAGAGAACGCAAACAACAACGCAAAGCAUCGCCAUUUCACCCUUCCCCCGUUACCCUACCGACUAGAACCCCGGCCCUUUCAUUCCAUUGUAUCGUCUUCGUCAACAUCCACCAACUCUCCCUCACGCACCUUCCCUCCGGGCUCGGUCUUUACUCCCUAUCAUCCCCUUCCCUUCAACCUUUCCUCCAGACCUUUCACCUUGAUAUUCCAAAAUCAGUCCAUCCGAACCUACCAUGUCUCAUGUACGUGCGUCCACGCAGUCUCAACGCUUUGCCCAGUUUAAGCUCGUCCUUCUAGGUAUGCUUUGAUCGCCCCACUCCCUCUCCAACUAUAUCUCCCGAUCGCUUUCCCUCAGCUAUUCUCUGAUUUUUCCCUUUUUGUCUGACUGGGAUAGGUGAAUCCGCUGUUGGCAAGGUUGGUGUUCAUUCCGCGCCUCCGGAUGCGGCCUUUUCUUAUCUAACUAAAAAUCCCAGAGCUCGCUGGUACUUCGGUUUGUUAAGGUAAGUCCUCUGAAGCGAAACCGCCUUGCGUGAUGAACGGGAGAAGGGAAUUUCACCUGUGCAAUUAUGUUGCUGAUGUACCUUUUUCGAUAGGAUCAAUUUGACGAUUAUCGGGAAAGCACGAUCGGUGCUGCAUUCCUCACACAGACAAUAGCUCUGGAUGAAACCACCACCAUCAAGUUUGAGAUAUGGUAGCCAUCCGCCCACUGCCCACCCAAUAUGCGUUACGCUACAAUCUCGUAUUACUCUGAUCUAACUUCUAGAUUUAUUUAUUUUUCUUUCGAAGGGACACCGCUGGUCAGGAACGCUACAAGUCACUAGCUCCCAUGUAUUAUCGUAAUGCCAACUGUGCUGUCGUGGUCUACGACAUUACUCAAGCCGUUAGUUGCCCGGAUUCCUUUUGUCUCAACCCUCUACCCGGCCUUCGUGACACGAGCUGACCCUGCUUUUAGUCUUCGCUGGAUAAAGCCAAGGCGUGGGUCAAGGAACUCCAACGUCAGGCGAAUGAGAAUAUUGUCAUCGCUUUGGCUGGUAACAAGCUCGAUCUUGCGUCACCGGCAGGUUCUCCUUCAAAACGAGCUAUCGAAACCGCCGAGGCCGAAGCGUAUGCGCGGGAAGCUGGCCUCCUCUUCUUCGAGACCUCGGCGAAGACCGCCGAAAACGUCAAGGAACUCUUUACCGCCAUCGCGAAGAAGCUGCCGCUGGACCAACAAGGGCCCAGGGGAGCAACAAGAGCCAGUGCUGCUGGCGGUCGAGGCGUCAACUUGGGUGGCGCAAGCGCAGCGCAACAACAAGGGUGUAAUUGCUGAGUGACUCCGGGGUAAUGUGUACAUGGAUGGGAUCAAGUGUGUUCUUUUGUGCUCUUUUCUUUCUUUCUUCUCUUCCUGUUUGUCUAGUCUCUCUGUUCGGUAGUCAUCUUUUGUGGUCGUGGGCUUUUGUGGGACCCUAUACUGUGGCCGGUAAACGAAGGAUUGUAGUAAUGAUAUUUGGGGACUUCAAUGGCUGGGACAGUUUGAGGGAAGAUACGCAGCGCUGUUUUUCUACACUUAUUCAUCUUCAUUUUUUUCAUACACCCCCCCAUUCCCCCUCUGGCUAUUCGAGCGUCGAUGCGAGUCCAGGCGUCCCGACCGGAAUUCACUCUUACGAACUUCUACUCUCCCGUAGCUUCAUGGCGGAUUGUAGAACACGAUGCUGCCGAGUUAUCUUUCACCAGGUCAUCUCGAAAAUCGUGAAAUGGUAGCACUACUCCGGGAUUUCCUUCACAUGUUACCGGGUGGUGCGCUUUUCGGCUCUUUUUACUACCACUGGUACUAUCAUCUGAUGUAUCACGUAAUAUAUGAGAGCAUGUAUGUUACCGGAAGAUAUGAUCGGUUCUGUCAUAGUAAGGGCGUGCACGGUAAUUUACUGUCGGCUGUCGGAGAAUGAUACGGUACUGGUAUUCGUGGUUCGAAUAGAAGAAACAGUCGGCUUGGCUGUUACAGCACACUACCGGUAGCCGUUCAUAAAGACUGUUUUCUUUUCGUUUGUGUGAUGCAUAAAGCUUUGAUGAGGAAAAUCCCGUAAAAGCAAAUUCUGGCGAAGAGAAAUCCGCGGGUAGGACGGAAUAAGGAAAAAUAAAAAAUGUACAGUACGGUACCGCAACUCACCACACGAGUACGCCGGAAGAACCUGUGGGAUGUCUCGGCAUCAUCGCAAAAUCCUUGCUUGCUCGGGAAGAUCGAGGAUUCACUGUAUCAUACCGGUACGAGUAUCAUACCCUACUCCAUCGCCACUUCCACCUCCGCCUCCCCUCUACCCCCUGCCCCCUGCGAAUUUUUUGUCCCAUCUCACCUGUCCCUCCUCUUUUCCUCAUCGCAUUCGCUUCACAGUUCUGGACUAUCUCAUCAAUUCAGAAUGCUGCGCCUGUCCUCAUCGGCUUCGGCCAGAGUAAUUGGCUCUUCAGGUCGUUCCGUCGUCAGCCGACAUCCACGUCAUUCGUUGAAACCCCAACGGACACAGUGCCAGCAACAGGUAUCCAUUCAUCCCUCCCAGCAAACACUCUGCUCUCGUUGAUUUGUCUUGGGAGGUGACAGCGCUAGUGAAUUGUCUAACGAAUUUCUUCGCUAAUCGCAAUUGCCCGCUGUGUGCAUCUUUCAUCCAGAGAUCUCUAGCAGAUACAAAAGCUCCCCGACCCAGUCCAGAUGCCAAAGGAAGUGCCAAGGAUGUCAAACCUCCUCCCACGCCUGGCAGUGCAAGUCCAGCGACCCCCGCAAAGCCUCCUCCUCCUCCUCCAGCAGCAGCAGCUUCACCUCACUCUCCCGCUCCAAAAAUAACCACAGCACCCAUCACCCCAUCAAAUACUUCGCCCACUCAAGCGCCACUUACUCCGCCUUCUCCCGCGAAAACACCGACAUCCUCGCCGGUACCAGUGCCUAAAGUUCCCCCCCCGGCUGCAACUGGUUCCGGAUCUUCUACUCCUCCGCUGCCCCCAUCUCCAGCAUCCUCUCCUUCCACUUCGCCAAAACAGCCCAAGAAGACUCACCGUUUCCGGAAUUUUGUGGUUGGAUUGACAUUCCUUACAGGAUUAUCCUUUGCCGGUGGCGUUUUCUACUCUUUAAAAUCUGAUAACUUUCACGACUUUUUCACCGAGUACAUUCCAUUCGGAGAAGAAGCUGUUCUUUAUUUUGAGGAACGUGAAUUCCGCCGGAGGUUCCCGAACGCACUUUCCCGUGUUGCCCCGCCACCCAUCGACUCCCCCAAGGUAGUUAUUCCAAAGUCUUCCGGUGCAACAUGGAAGGUUUUUGAACCUGCCGAGGACAAAAAAGUGAUGGAUGUGGGUAAACAUGGACCUCACGUUUCUUCCCGAGGCACAGUGGGACAGGAGGGGGAGGGGACUGAGGCAAGAGAUACACGCGUUAGGUCGGAGGCCGAUGAUACUGCACGGCCGGCCACUGAUAGGGUCAUCGGCGAGAGAUCUUUGCAUCCUAGAAAGGGUGCUGCCGAGGUUGAAGCUGUUGGAAAGCCGGGGGGACCAGAUGCACCAGCAGGACAGAUAGCUCUGAUUAACAUGAAGGGUGUAGAGGAUCCUCUUGUGCGGAAUUUAGCCGGAGUGGUCAAUUCCAUCAUUUCUCUUGUAAACAAGAGCGAAUCCCCCAAUGUGUUUGAUUCGGUUAUUGCUACGGCCAAGUCAGAGCUUUCAUGCUUGAAUUCGCGGAUUGAAUCCAUGAAGCAGGGCUUGGAGAAGACUGUUAAGGAGAAGGACCUGGAGUUUACCACCGCAGCCCAGGGUUUGCUCAAGAAUGUAGACGACGAAAUCACGAAUAUUGAGCAUAAGUGGAGGGAAGAAUUCGAGAACGAACGCGAGAAGAUGGCUCAAUCGUACCGAGAGAAACUCCACACGGAGCUUCAACUCUCUGGCGAAGUGGCUGGGCACCGUCUUCGGAACGAAUUGCUUGAGCAAGCCAUUGUGUUGAAGAGAAAAUGGAUUCAGGAGAUUGAGGACCGGGUCGAGAGCGAGCGUAAUGGGCGGCUUGGAAAAUUGAAAGAGCUCCGUGGAUCUGUUGAAGAAUUGACGAAGCUCUCGACCGCUUGGACGGAUAUCCUUGAUGCCAACCUGAAGACCCAACAAAUGCAUGUGGCACUAGAAGCUGUUAGGGCAGCAUAUGAAUCUCCCGAGCAGCCAAAGCCUUUCCUACGGGAAUUGGCCGCCUUGAAGGAAGUGGCGGAUGGUGACGAGGUUGUUCGGGCAGCCAUUGCUUCCAUCAACCCUCUUGCAUACCAGAAGGGCGUCUCAACUCCUACUCAGCUGAUUGAUCGUUUCCGUCGUGUUUCUGAUGAGGUCCGAAAGGCCUCUCUGCUCCCAGAAGAUGCCGGAGUCGCCGGUCAUGCUGCCAGUUGGAUUUUGAGCAAAGUUCUCUUCAGGAAGAAGGGGCUCGCCUUGGGGGAUGACGUGGAGAGUAUCUUGACCAGAACCGAGACCUACCUCGAGGAGGGGAACAUCGACAAUGCUGCUAGAGAAAUGAAUCAGCUUAGUGGGUGGGCGAGGGUGUUGGCCAAAGAUUGGCUCAGGGAGGCAAGAUUGCUUUUGGAGGUCCAGCAGGCUGUUGAGGUAUGGGACAUAACUACUGUAUAGCUUUCUAACGUUCAUGGGGCCUAUACUAACGGCAUUUGGAUAGGUUAUUGCUGCGGAAGCCAGACUCCAGAGUCUGCGGGUGCACAAACCGUAGCACUAGCAUCCAUAUUCGUACAGGUAGAGAACAAUUGUGCCUAGAAUCUUCUAAUUUUUCACUUGACCGUUUCUGGGAUUAAACAAAAGCAAUUCUUGUGUUUUCCUUUUUUUCUUCUUUUCUUUUUGUUUCACUUUUCGGUAACCCCCGGCGGCGGUGGUGGUGGUAUCAUAGGUGACGAUUACCUGGUAUUGAGGUUUGGGAAAAGCAACGGGAAUGGUGGUGUGGAUCUUGGCGGGUGCAACUACGGUACUCGAGUACCGGUACUGUUCCUUAUGGUGUGGGAACUCUGUACCCGGAGCACUAAAGUGAGGUAUUUGGGGGCCAAAGUCAAAGCCUAAAGACUUUUUAACAGCAAUUCCGUUCAAAAAAAAUAACUCUAUUAGGUGAUAGAGUAGUUUGUUGGCUUCAAAGUAAUAGAGAAAAUCAAAAUAUCUUUUGUUUUCAUAAAGUUAUUGAAGCUUAAAAGGGGGCAGAUUUUGGGUGAGAGAAUUGAAUGUCCAGGGUAUUUUUGGACAUGUUAACCCCCAUCAAUAUCCAUCCGGCAUACAGUUAAUAGAAUUUUGCCAAGACAUUAACCUAUAUCAAGGAAAUUCUUAGAAUCUUAACAUACUAUUACUUAGUCAGGAGGAAUGUCCGUCUACUCCGGCUACAGAGUUCCCACACCAUACUUGUAGAAUAUCAUACCUGUCCGGUGUUUCUUUCUUUCUUUGUUUUUCCUUGUGUUUCCUUCCCCCCCCCCUCCCCUCUCUCUCUUUUUCUUUUCCGCCUUUUUUGUUUUUCUCUCUUGCCCAAGCAGUGUUUUUGGUUCCUGAACUCGACCGAGUCAUGUUCUUGGUAUUAUAAUGAUACAUAUCAUAUGUUAAAGC